AUGGGUGAUACAACUAUAUUUGCUUUGAAUGUAAAUGGGAUGACUAACUCUAUCAAGAAGGAGAAAUUUACAGCUGUCCUAAAAAAAGUAAGGGGCAAAUAUAGCAGCAUUGACAGAAACCCAUUUAGGUCAUCAAGAGUAUACAAAGUUAGCGAGAUGUGGCUAUAUUCUACAGCAAGAUCUAUAUUAUGUAAUGUACAACAUGAGUUAAAAAAGUCAGAACCAUGUAGUAUGCUUAAUCUGAAUUGUUUCCAUUCUGGGAAUAUUGCAGAAUUUGACUAUAAAUCUGCAAUUUCUAAAGCAGAGAGGAAUGUCAAUGUGGGUUUAUUUGGGAACCUAAUAGUUUUAUUAAUCACAAUAAUUGAAAGAAGCCUCCAUGAACCAAUGUAUUAUUUUAUUUCACUUUUGACAUUGGCAGAUUUUGUAGGUGUUUUUGUUCUUUUUCCCCAGCUGCUAAAAAUACUGUGGUUUGGUCCACAAUCUGUAGAGUUUGAUAUUUGCUUCAUACAAAUGUUUUUUAUUUCAUUUACAGGAGUAAUGGAAUCAGCAGUGUUAGUUCUAAUGGCUUAUGAUCGUUAUGUUGCUGUAUGCAAGCCUCUAAGAUAUUCAUCAAUAGUAACAAACACCUUUAUAAUAAAGUCAAUAUUAUUCUUUACUUUAAGAAGUGUAUUUAUAGUAUUGCCUAUGCCUGUACUUGCCAGGAUGCAGCUAUACUGCAAUGCAAAGGCUAUUUACAGUGUUUACUGUGAGUAUAUUGGUGUGAUCAGUGUAGCAUGCUCCAAGACAGUCAUAAGUGAUAAUUAUCUCUACAUUAUCUUUCUUCUGAUAGGAGUGCCCGAUGCAGCACUGAUUGGAAUUUCAUAUUGUAUGAUUGUUAGAGCAGCACUAAAAUUGGGAACAAGAGAAGCUUAUCAGAAGGUGUUUAGCACCUGCAGCUCUCAUAUUUUUGUGAUUGUCUUAUAUUAUCUGUCAUCAGGGCUUUCACUACUGGUAUCUGUUUUUGAAAAAAAUAUUCCUGCAUACAUAAGAAUCAUAUUCACAGUUUUGUGCUUUACUAUAACACCAACAUUAAACCCCAUGAUAUAUGGUAUAAAAACUAAAAUGAUAAGGCAAGCCAUACUAAAGCAUUUAGGAAAAGCUAGACUUAUUUAA